AUGUCGGCGCAACUUGGCCUCUGCUCCCAGCCUCAACGUUGCGCAACACGACACCAUCAGACUUCGCAUUUCCCACCGCGCAAACCUCCUCGUCUCCAUCAUCGCCAGUGCUGCCAACCCCCGACAACCCUCCCAUCUUUUUCAUCUCAAGUCGCCAAACUGCGGUUCCCUCACCUCGCCGAUUCCUCCGCCAUGGACUUCUCCGACAUCUUUCGUAUGGUGAAUUUCGCCGUUGCGGUAUUUGUCGUGUUGGGCGGUAUUGCGAAGUUGUUCCCGUUUAAUGAUUUCUCGCACAUAAUUCUGGGCAUUUACUUGAUAAUAUUCGGUCUCGGAAACGCCCUUUUGGAAUUCCAAAUUCCCCAACAAGUGGCACGAUAUGCCUCGUUCAUGUUCUCUUUCCUCGGUCGCGGUAUCUUCUACAUCUUCAUCGGCUCCGUCAUUGUUGGCGAGCGCUGGUUCCGUAUCGUUCCUGGUACCAUUGUCGGUAUCAUUGGUGUAGCAUACGCCGCUCUGGAGUUCAUCCCCUCCAUUGAACCUCCAGCGAACAUGCGUGAUGCCGAUGCUGGAUGGGGCGCCGAGCAAGUUUGA